AUGAUGCCCCCCGCAAAGCCGGCUUCCAGCAGCGAAAUUUUGGAGAGCCUGAACUCUUCGCAUAUUCUCACUGAGCCCAGCAAGACACGUUCUCUUCAAGUUGAAGGCCAGAAAGAAGACAGCCAGACUGCGGUCGAGGCAUCGACGGCGUACAGGAAGGACAUACGCUUCUGGGUCAUCGUGUUCGCGCUAUGCAUCACUUCUCUACUCGCUUCCCUAGAGACCACAGUGGUUGUGACCUCAUUGCCGACUAUUGUUGAGCGUUUGAAGUUUGGGAGCAGCUAUGUCUGGGUUGGCAACAUCUUCUUUCUCACCAGUGCGGCUGUCCAGCCUCUCUUUGGGCAGGUUUCCAAUCUUUUCGGCCGCAGAUAUCUCACGCUAUUCAUCGUAGCAAUCUACACUCUUGGCAGCGGAAUCUGCGGUGGCGCUAGUAGCCCGACGAUGCUCAUCGCUGGGCGAGCUGUGCAAGGCAUGGGAAGCGGUGGCAUAAACAUGAUCAUCGACAUCAUCAUCUCCGACCUCGUCCCACUUAGGGAUAGAGGUAAUUAUAUCGCCAUCAUCCUGGCAAUAUACGGGGUCGGCAUGGCAAUCGGACCGUUCGUGGGAGGCAUCAUCGUGCAAACUACUUCAUGGAGAUGGGUGAGCACUCGCCUUCAUGCCAGUAUUUUCCAACCCAAACUGACAGAACAGGUGUUCUACAUCAAUCUCCCAGUUGGCGGCCUCUCACUCGUUCUCCUCUAUCUUUUCCUUCACGUGAAAUGGGAUCGGACCGCCACUUUCAACGGCAAACUUCGCCGAAUCGACUACAUUGGCAACUCGAUCCUCAUCGCAUCUACAGUCUCCGUUCUCAUAGCCCUCACCUGGGGCGGCGAAAUCUACUCUUGGUCCUCUUACCGCGUCAUCAUCCCCCUCGUUCUCGGCCUUGUAGGCCUCGUUGCCUUCUGCAUCUUUGAGGGAUCAGGCAUCGUCCAGGAACCAGUGAUGCCUCUACGCCUCCUCGCGAACCGGACCUCCGCCAUUAUCUACGCGACCACCUUCCUCAAUUCCGCAAUUCUGUACUGGGCAUUCUUCUUCCUCCCGCUAUACUUUCAGGCCGUCAAGCUUUCAACUCCAGCUCGUUCAGGUGUUCAACUACUCCCCGUGACCUUGAUCUCCAUUCCGGGCGCCGCCAUCUCCGCCGUCGUCCUCGCACGAUGGGGCCGCUACAAAGCUCUCCACAUCGCAGGCUUUGCCCUCAUGACACUCGGUCUCGGCAUAUGGGCCGUCUUGGACAGGUACAGCAGCACAGCAGCCUGGGUCCUCGUACAAGUCGUCCCCGCCGUUGGUUCAGGCAUGCUUCUCAACACUCUGCUGCCAGCCUUCCAGGCAGGUCUUACAGAAGCAGAUCAAGCUGCCGCGACGGCAAGCUGGUCAUUCAUCCGCAGUUUUGGGAGUAUCUGGGGCGUCGCUAUCCCCGCGGCCAUCUUCAACACGUAUACAUCGUCAUAUGCCGCGCAGAAGAUAGAUGACCCUGCGGCUCGGGGUAUUUUACAGCAUGGCAAUGCGUAUGCCAGCGCCACUAAAGCCUUUGUCGAGUCCUUCGAUGAGCCGACGAGAAGUCAGAUCAUUGAUGUAUUCACCGAGGCUAUGAGAAAGGUCUUUCUCAUCGCGAUUGCGUUCGGUGGCCUGGCUUUCUUAUUGAGCUUCUUGGAGAGGGAGGUUGAGCUGAGAAAAGAGCUGGAAACUGAGUUUGGUCUCGAGGAAAAGAAGAACGCGGACGGAAAUAAGGAUGCUGUCUAA